AGAAAUAUGCCUAUUUGCAUUACACAUCAGAACUAGAGGAGUACAUGGCUGAUGACUGCAAAUUAGAGAUUCUGCGUGAGAGAGUUUUAUUCGUACAGCAGGCAUUUGGAUUGCCUAAAGGGUCCCCUCUAAAGGCCGACAUGGAGAAGAUAAUGUCUCAGAUGAGUUCGAUCGGCCUUCUGGAUCGAUUCUGGGAAAAGUGGAGCGUCAAGAGAAACCUGACACAUUGUCCGGAAGAGCGAAUAUUGAAGUCAAUCACACUAAACCAGGUCGGAGGCGGCUUCAUCAUCGUGUGUGCUGGGACUGCACUCAGUAUCAUCGUGCUGUGUCUUGAAAAACUCGCUCACUCAGCAACAAGAUGAUCUUUCUUCUGUAUCAGAGGAAGAC